AUGUCAGCUACUGAAAUUGGUCAACAAUUUGUUCAACACUAUUAUAAUUGUUUCGACAAUGAUAAGAAACAAUUACAAUCAUUAUACGAUGUAGUUGGUGACGAUGAUAAUGGUUGUGAUGACGACAACGAUUACAAUGAUAAUAUAGAUUCUAUUGUUGAUGUGAUAGUUGACAUUGCAUAUGACAACGAUAACGAAUGGGCUACAUUACUACAAACAUCCAACCAAACCAACCCAACCAAUAACUAUGCAAACGAAUCACAUCUUACAUAUGAAAAGAACUCCUUCAAGGGACAAGCAAAGAUUAUGGAAUUUUUUGGAAAUCUCAAUAUGCAAGUUAAGCGUCAGAUCACCUCAUUUGAUUGUCAACCAACUCCAAAUGGAGUCCUCGUCCUUGUAACUGGUAAUAUGUCUAUUGAUGGAAAUCCACCACUUAAAUUCACUCAAGUUUUCAACUUGUACAAGACAGCCGCCAGCUAUAUCUUAUUAAACGAUUUCUUCCGUUUGAAUGAAAGCUCAUUAGGACAAUAUUUCGGAUUUGAUCAUGUUACUUUUUGGGUUGGCAAUGCUUUGCAAGCUGCUCAAUGGUACUGUGCUCGUUUCGGUUUUGAAAAUGUUGCCUAUAGAGGUUUAGAAACUGGAGACCGUGAAUACGUAACCCAUGUCAUCAAGUUGAACGACAUCUUUAUGGCCUUUGUCUCGCCAUUGACCACCGACAACACUGAGUUUGGUAAACACAUGCAAUUGCACGGUGAUGGUGUUAAGGACGUUGCCUUCCAAGUCGAUGACGUCGCUGCCAUCUACAAGGCUGCCGUCGCUGCUGGAGCCAAGUCUAUUCGUGAACCAUACGAAACCAAGGACGAAAAUGGAAAUGUCACCAUUGCCACCAUCAUGUCGCCAUACGGAGACACCACCCACUCUUUUGUUGACCGUCGUAACUACAAGGGUGCCUUCUUGCCAGGUUACUCUGCCAAGGUCUUUGUCGACCCACUCUCCAAGAUCACCACAUCUGCUGGUCUCUUGCACAUUGACCACGUCGUCUCUAACCACGCCGACCAAAUGAUGACUCCAGUUGUCGAAUGGUACGAAAAGGUACUCAAGUUCCACCGUUUCUGGUCUGUUGAUGACAAGACCAUUCACACUGAAUACUCCUCCCUCCGUUCCAUCGUAGUCACCGAUCAAAACGAAAAGGUCAAGCUCCCAAUCAACGAACCUGCCAACGGCAAGAAGAAGUCCCAAAUCCAAGAAUACGUUGAUUUCUACGCUGGUGGUGGUGUUCAACAUAUUGCCUUGAGAACCAAUGAUAUUAUUCAAUCUGUUUCAAUUAUGAAGCAACGUGGUGUUCAAUUCUUGAGCGUCCCAGCAUCUUAUUAUGUUUCAUUACGUGAAAAAUUGGCUCAUGCUCCAAUCACUGUAAAGGAAGACUUGGACAAGUUGGAAGCCUUGCACAUCCUCAUCGAUUACGAUGACAAGGGUUAUCUCCUCCAAAUCUUCACCAAGAACGUCGAAGACAGACCAACCGUCUUCUUUGAAGUCAUCCAACGUAACGGUCACGAAGGUUUCGGUGCUGGUAAUUUCCGUGCUCUCUUUGAGGCUAUCGAAAGAGAACAAGAAAAGCGUGGAAACUUUACUACCUCAGAGUCUAGUACUACAACAUUAUAA